UCGGUUCCCUCUCCUCACUUCCGUUUCGUGCCGCAGCUGAUUUCUAUUCCACAUUGCGUUCGAUCUUCUGUCUCCUUCUUUUCCUGGUGUUUCUGUUUUUGCGCAGAAACGGAAGGUUUCCGUCGGUGAUCUGGCUGAGUGAAAGAUUGAGAGAAGAGGUUCCGAAGGCGUGUGGCAUGUUGUGUGGGAGUGUGCCUCAGUAAGGCUAAACCAUCUAACAGUUCUGUUUUCCACAUCAGAACAAGGUGGCUAUGGAUUCGGAAGGAGAAAUCAAGGGGAAGUCGUUGAAGACCUUGAGCGAUCAGGUCUGCCAGAUUUGUGGUGAAGGUGUUGGCACAACUAUAAAUGGUGAGCCAUUUGUUGCCUGUGAUGUCUGCUCCUUUCCAGUGUGCAGGCCAUGCUAUGAAUAUGAAAGAAAGGAUGGGAGUCAGUCUUGUCCCCAAUGUAAAACCAGAUACAAGAGGCAUAAAGGAAGUCCGGCAACACUUGGUGAAAGGGAAGAGCAUGGUGAUGUUGAUGAUAGUGCAGGUGAUCUUCAGUACUCUUCAGAAAAUCAAAAUGAUAAACAGAAGCUAACAGAGCGUAUGCUGAGCUGGCACAUGACUUAUGGACGUGAAGACAAUGUGCGCCCGAAAUAUGACAAAGACGUGUCCCACAACCAUAUCCCUCUGCUCACAAAUGGAACAGACGUUUCCGGAGAACUAUCUGCUGCAUCACCUGAACGCCUUUCAGUUGCAUCUCCUGGUCAUGGUGGCGGGAUUAAACGCAUACCGUAUUCAAAUUAUGCAAACCAUUCUCCCAAUAUUAGGGUUGUUGAUCCAGUGAGGGAGUUUGGAUCUCCAGGACUAGGUAAUGUUGCAUGGAAAGAAAGAGUAGAUGGCUGGAAGAUGAAGCAAGAUAAGCCUGGUAUUCCAAUAGCAACUAGUCACCCACCUUCUGAAAGAGGUGGAGAUAUUGAUACCAACACUGAUAUUCUUGUGGAUGAUUCCUUACUGAAUGAUGAAGCUCGACAACCUCUUUCAAGGAAGGUUUCCAUUCCGUCAUCCAGGAUAAAUCCUUAUAGGAUGGUCAUUGUCCUGCGGCUUGUUGUUCUAUGCAUUUUCUUUCAUUAUCGACUUACAAACCCAGUGCCCAAUGCAUUUGCUCUCUGGCUUAUAUCAGUAAUAUGUGAGAUUUGGUUUGCGAUAUCGUGGAUUCUUGAUCAGUUCCCCAAGUGGCUGCCGGUAAACCGUGAAACAUAUCUUGACAGACUUGCUCUUAGAUAUGACCGAGAGGGAGAACCAUCACAAUUGGCUGCUGUUGAUAUAUUUGUCAGUACUGUUGAUCCUCUAAAGGAACCUCCUCUUGUUACAGCAAAUACUGUUCUGUCAAUUCUUGCAGUGGAUUACCCUAUUGAUAAGGUCUCUUGCUAUGUCUCUGAUGAUGGUGCUGCAAUGUUGACUUUUGAAGCUCUAUCUGAAACAGCUGAAUUUGCAAAAAAAUGGGUUCCUUUCUGCAAGAAAUACAAUAUUGAGCCUAGAGCUCCGGAAUGGUACUUCGCUCAAAAGAUUGAUUACUUGAAGGAUAAAGUUGAUCCAUCCUUUGUGAAAGACCGCAGGGCUAUGAAGAGAGAAUAUGAAGAGUUCAAAAUACACAUCAACUCUCUGGUUGCAAAAGCCCAAAAGGUCCCUGAAGAAGGAUGGAUCAUGCAAGAUGGCACACCCUGGCCUGGAAAUAACACCAGGGAUCAUCCAGGAAUGAUUCAGGUCUUUUUGGGUCAAAGUGGAGGUCUUGAUACAGAUGGUAAUGAGCUACCUCGGUUAGUCUAUGUAUCUCGUGAGAAGCGUCCAGGUUUUCAGCAUCACAAGAAAGCUGGUGCUAUGAAUGCUCUUGUUCGUGUGUCUGCAGUUCUCACUAAUGGACCGUUCCUGUUGAAUCUUGAUUGUGAUCACUACAUAAACAACAGCAAAGCUUUAAGGGAAGCAAUGUGCUUUAUGAUGGAUCCUAAUCUUGGAAAAUAUGUCUGCUAUGUUCAGUUUCCACAAAGAUUUGAUGGUAUUGAUAGAAACGAUCGAUAUGCCAACCGUAACACUGUUUUCUUUGAUAUGAAUUUGAGAGGUUUGGAUGGCAUUCAAGGACCUGUCUAUGUGGGUACUGGAUGUGUCUUCAACAGAACUGCAUUAUAUGGUUAUGACCCUCCUAUCAAGCCAAAGCAUAAAAAAUCACGCAUUUUGUCUUCAUUAUGCUGUGGGUCUAGAAAGAAACGUUCCGAGUCAAUUAAGAAGGGCUCAGACAAGAAGAAAUCUAGCAAGCACUUGGAUCCCACUGUUCCAGUGUUCAAUUUGGAAGAUAUUGAGGAAGGAGUUGAAGGGGCUGGAUUUGAUGAUGAGAAAUCACUGCUCAUGUCUCAAGUGAGCCUUGAAAAAAGAUUUGGCCAGUCUGCUGUUUUUGUUGCUUCUACGCUUAUGGAGAAUGGCGGUGUUCCUCAAUCUGCUACUCCUGAGAAUCUUCUCAAAGAGGCAAUUCAUGUUAUCAGUUGUGGGUAUGAAGAUAAAACAGAAUGGGGAAGGGAGAUAGGAUGGAUCUAUGGUUCUGUCACAGAAGAUAUUCUAACAGGGUUCAAAAUGCAUGCCCGCGGCUGGCGAUCAAUUUACUGCAUGCCUAAAAGGCCUGCCUUCAAAGGGUCUGCUCCUAUUAAUCUUUCUGACCGUUUGAACCAAGUGCUUCGAUGGGCUUUGGGGUCUGUUGAAAUCCUUUUCAGCAGGCAUUGUCCUAUAUGGUAUGGGUACACUGGAAGGCUGAAGUGGUUAGAGAGAUUAUCUUAUGUCAACACAACCAUUUAUCCCCUCACUUCUAUCCCUCUUCUUUUUUACUGCACUCUCCCUGCUGUUUGUCUACUUACUGGGAAGUUCAUCAUUCCACAGAUCAGUAACCUUGCCAGUAUCUGGUUUAUAUCUCUCUUCCUAUCCAUCUUCGCCACCGGUAUACUCGAGAUGAGGUGGAGCGGCGUUGGAAUUGACGAGUGGUGGAGAAAUGAACAGUUUUGGGUCAUCGGCGGUGUUUCGGCCCACUUGUUCGCGGUGGUCCAAGGGCUGCUCAAAGUGCUCGCUGGAAUCGACACCAACUUCACUGUCACCUCCAAGGCAUCCGACGAGGACGGAGACUUUGCGGAGCUGUACAUGUUCAAGUGGACAUCCCUUCUCAUACCCCCCACGACUCUCCUCGUCAUAAAUCUGGUUGGUGUCGUUGCGGGAAUCUCGUAUGCCAUCAAUAGCGGCUACCAGACGUGGGGACCGCUCUUCGGGAAACUGUUCUUUGCCUUCUGGGUGAUCGUUCACCUCUACCCGUUCCUCAAAGGUCUCAUGGGGCGCCAGAACCGUACCCCCACCAUCGUCGUCGUCUGGUCUAUCCUGCUUGCUUCCAUCUUCUCUUUGCUUUGGGUCCGAAUUGACCCCUUCACGACAAGGGUUACUGGCCCAGAUGUCCAAGAAUGUGGGAUUAACUGCUAGUUGGGGUCAUCACUAUAUAUGAUCUGUUUUCAAAACGUUUUUUGGUUUCCCCACACUGUACAAUUUUACUGUAUCUACUAUCUGUGCAAUGUUCAUGUCCAGAAUUAGGUACUUUUAUACAUAUAUGUAUACAGUGUGCAUUAUUGAUUCAUAGAGCUUUCCUUUUCUAGUGUGUACAAUGACAUGUCACCAGAGUGAAUUGAAUGGUUGCCAAUGAAAGUAGUAUGGGUGAUCUUGGCUGUUGUUAAAUUGUACCUCAUGAGAUUCGAAUUUCUCCUUAUAGUAAAAUUGUUUUUCCCCA